CUAAGAUGAGUCAUAUUCUCUUACAUCCUAAACAUACCUCCCUAUAUAAAUAGCACCCCCCACCUCAACCAUUUCUCACACACAUUCUUCACUUCUUCUCAUCAACAUUACCAGAUAUCUUUAUAACUCAUCAAAUUCCAAAAAAUGCAUUACCAAACAGCAUCAUGGGGAACCUACAUGACACAAACAAGAAUGCUAAUGGAUGAUCCAUUAGAGAGAAUAGAAAGACUAGCAUCAGAAAAUGCUGUGGUAAUUUUCAGCAUAAGUACAUGUUGUAUGUGUCAUGCUAUUAAGAGAUUGUUUUGUGGAAUGGGAGUUAAUCCAGCUGUUCAUGAACUUGAUGAAGAUCCAAGAGGAAAAGAACUUGAAAGAGCACUUAUGAGACUACUUGGUACUUCAAAUGUUGUUCCUGUUGUUUUCAUUGGUGGGAAACUUAUUGGUACUAUGGAUAGAGUCAUGGCUUGUCAUAUUAAUGGUUCUCUUGUUCCUCUUCUCAAACAAGCUGGUGCUCUUUGGCUUUGAAAUU